CCUCUCCCCGGACCCCCCACCAGACCUGCACACCUCGCUGUCCUCCUCCUGAUCACUAUCUCCUCCUGAAGCUCAUCCCAACGCCCCGUGCGUGUGCGUGGUUGUGUGCGUGCGUGCGUGGCUCCUGACGACAGGACAGCCAUGGAGGACGGGAAGCCCGUGUGGGCGCCCCACCCCACCGACGGCUUCCAGCUGGCCAUGAUCGUGGACAUAGGAGCCGACUCGCUCACCGUAGAGCCGCUCACUCAGCGGAGCAAGCCCUUUCUGGCGCAGAUGAGCCAAGUGUUCCCAGCAGAGGAGGAUGUGAAUAAACACGUUGAAGACAACUGCUCCUUGAUGUACCUGAACGAAGGCACUUUACUCAACAACGUCCGCAUCCGCUACAGCAAAGACCACAUCUAUACCUAUGUGGCCAACAUCUUAAUAGCUGUGAACCCAUACUUUGACAUCGCUAAGCUGUAUGCUCCAGAGACCAUCAAGUCAUACCAGGGGAAGUCUCUGGGGACCCUUCCACCGCACGUCUUCGCCAUCGCGGAUAAGGCCUUCAGAGACAUGAAGGUUCUGAAGAUGAGCCAGUCCAUCAUUGUCUCUGGGGAGUCCGGCGCUGGGAAGACGGAGAACACCAAGUUUGUUCUGAGAUAUUUGACAACGACCUACGGAACCGGUCAAGACAUUGACGAAAGGAUUGUGGAAGCCAAUCCACUCCUCGAGGCCUUCGGGAACGCCAAAACAGUCCGGAACAACAACAGCAGCCGCUUCGGGAAGUUUGUGGAAAUCCACUUUAAUGAGAAGAACACGGUGGUGGGGGGGUUCGUGUCGCACUACCUGCUGGAGAAGUCCAGGAUCUGCAUGCAGAGCAAGGAGGAGAGGAACUACCACAUCUUCUACCGGCUGUGUGCCGGCGCCUCCGACGACAUCAAGAAGAAGCUCCACCUGGACUCCCCGGACCUCUUCAGGUAUCUCAACAGAGGCUGCACACGCUACUUCGCCAACAAUGAGUCUGAGAGACAAAUCACACAGAACCGCAAGAGUCCGGAGCACGCUAAGCGGGGGCCCCUGAAGGACCCGCUGCUGGACGAUAAGGGGGACUUUGAGCGGAUGUGCGAGGCCAUGAAGCGCAUCGGCCUGGACGACACAGAGAAGCUGAACCUCUUCAGGGUGGUGGCCGGGGUGCUGCACCUCGGGAACCUGGACUUUGAGGAGACCGGGAGCUCAUCUGGUGGCUGUAUCCUGCAGGACCAGUCCUCCCAGACGUUGCAGUGCUGCGCUGAGCUGCUGGGAUUGGACGAGGAAGACCUGCGGGUCAGCCUCACCUCCAGGGUCAUGCUCACCACCGCAGGGGGCGCCAAAGGCACAGUCAUCAAGGUCCCCUUGAAGGUGGAGCAGGCCAACUCCGCCCGGGACGCCCUGGCCAAGGCGGUGUACAGCCGGCUGUUCGACCACGUGGUCAAACGGGUCAACCAGUGCUUCCCCUUCAGUGCCUCCUGCAGCUUCAUUGGGGUGCUGGACAUCGCCGGCUUUGAGUAUUUUGAACACAACAGCUUUGAGCAGUUCUGUAUCAACUACUGCAACGAGAAGCUGCAGCAGUUCUUCAACGAGCGGAUCCUCAAGGAGGAACAAGAGCUGUACCAGAAGGAGGGUCUAGGGGUGAACGAGGUUCACUACGUGGACAACCAGGACUGCAUCGACCUGGUGGAGGCGAAGCUGGUGGGGAUCCUGGACAUACUGGACGAGGAGAACCGCCUUCCUCAGCCCAGUGAUCAGCACUUUGCUGUGGCGGUUCACAGCAAGCACAACAAACACUUCAGACUGACAGUUCCUCGUAAGUCCAAGCUGGCCGUUCACAGGAACGUCCGCGAUGACGAGGGCUUCAUCGUCAGGCACUUUGCCGGAGCAGUCUGCUAUGAGACGAAACGCUUCGUGGAGAAGAACAACGACGCGCUGCACAUGUCCCUGGAGUGUCUGGUUUCCGAGUCGAAGGACAACUUUGUGCGCCAGCUGUUCGAGAACAACGCCAAGGACUCCAAGCAGAAGGCCGGCAAGCUGAGCUUCAUCAGCGUGGGGAAUAAAUUCAAGACCCAGCUGAACCUGCUCCUGGAGAAGCUCCGGAGCACGGGCUCCAGCUUCAUUCGCUGCGUGAAGCCCAACCUGAAGAUGGUCAGCCACCAGUUUGAGGGAGCGCAGAUCCUCUCCCAGCUGCAGUGUUCUGGCAUGGUGUCGGUGCUGGACCUCAUGCAGGGGGGCUUCCCCUCGCGGGCCCCCUUCCAUGAACUCUACAACAUGUACAAGCGCUACAUGCCGGCCAAGCUCACGCGCCUGGACCCCCGGCUCUUCUGCAAGGCCUUGUUCAAAGCUCUGGGGCUGAACGCAAACGACUACAAGUUUGGACUCACCAGAGUGUUCUUCCGCCCGGGGAAGUUUGCAGAGUUUGACCAGAUCAUGAAGUCGGACCCUGAUCACCUGGCUGAGCUGGUGAAGAAGGUGAACCAGUGGCUGAUCUGCAGUCGGUGGAGGAAGGUGCAGUGGUGCACACUGUCCGUUAUCAAACUCAGGAACAAGAUGCGGUACAGAGCCGCGGCCUGCAUCAAGAUCCAAAAGAGUGUGCGCAUGUGGCUCUGCAAGAAGAAACACAAGGCCCGCAUCGAUGGCUUGGUAAAGGUGAGGAACCUGCAGCAGCGUAUGGACCGCUUCAACGAGGCGGUGGGCGGGCUGAAGGAGGGGAAGCAGGAGAUGGCCAAGCAGAUCCAGCAGCUGGCCGCAGCUAUCGAGGCCCUGAUCACAAAGAUCAAGGCCACAGCGAUGACCAGGCAGGCCAUCGACGCCGAGUACCAGGCGCUGGUGAAGCUGGCGGCCGAGCUGCUGUCCUCCAUGCAGAAGAAGAAACAGGAGGAGGAGGAGAGGGAGAGGCUGAAGCACAUCGAGGAGGACAUGGAGAAGGAGAGGAGGAGGAGGGAAGAGGAGGAUCAGAAGCGCAGCCAGGAGCAGGAGGAUAGACGCACGAAGGCGGAGAUGGAGCUGAAGAGGAAGCAGGAGGAGGAGGAGAGGAAGAAGAGGAAGAACGAGGAGACGGUCACCCAGGCGGAGCUGGAGGCCCAGCUGCUGUUGGACCGGGAGGAGCAGGCCCAGUGUGUGGUGAUGGUGGAGCAGGAGCGCCGCGACCGGGAGCUCGCCAUGAGGAUCGCUCAGAGCGAGGCGGAGCUCAUCACCGAGGAGGGACAGCUGGACGCCAGCCUGCGGAGUCAGGAGUAUUUCUUAGGUCUGCCUAUAUCUUCAUCCUCAGCCAGGUUCAUGGGUCCUCAGGUCCAGGCCACUAAAGCCGCCGCCGGCGUCAAGAAGUACGACCUCAGCAAGUGGAAGUACGCCGAGCUGCGUGAUGUCAUCAACACAUCCUGUGACAUCGACCUGCUGGCCGCCUGCAGGCAGGAGUUCCACCGCCGGCUGAAGGUCUACCACGCCUGGAAGUCCAAGAACAGGAAGAGGACCGACGAGGACGACAACCAGCGGGCCCCCAAGUGUGUGACCGACUACGCUGAACAGAACCCGUCACCCGCGGCCACCGCCGCGCCACAGGAAGUGACCAUGAACCGGCAGCAGCGCUACUUCCGUAUCCCGUUCAUCCGACCGGCAGACCAGUACAAGGACCCCCAGAACAAGAAGAAGGGCUGGUGGUACGCACACUUCGACGGGCCCUGGAUCGCACGCCAGAUGGAGCUGCACCCCGACAAGAGGCCCAUCGUGCUGGUGGCCGGGAAGGAUGACAUGGAGAUGUGUGAGCUGAGCCUGGAGGAGACGGGUCUGACCAGGAAGCGUGGCGCUGAGAUCCUCCCGCGGCAGUAUGAGGAGAUCUGGGAGCGCUGCGACGGCAUCCAAUACCUGAGGAGCGCCAUCGAGAGCAAGCAGGCGCGGCCCACCUACGCCACCGCCAUGCUCCAGAACCUGCUCAAAUAACCAGAGGACCAGAACCCGCUCAGAUGAACCAGAACACCAGAUCCUGCUCAGAUAAACCAGAACCUGCUCAAAUGAACCAGAGAAGAAACACACUGACACACACUGAACACACACUGACACACACAGACACACACGGGGUACUGCGGGGAGAUAUGCUGAACACAAGAGAGUCAGAAGGGGGUUACUCUGACAGGGUCACUAUAACAAGUUGUCUUUGUUGAUUUCACUUUGGGUUUUAUUGUUUGGGUUGAGCUCAGUCUUCUUGUGGAGCAACAUCGUUGAGCAUUCAGCCACUCUGCUUGAUGCUGUCAUGAGGCCUUCAGACUGCAGAUCAAUGCACUGUUUCCCCAUUAGAACGCUGCUGUCACAUGAAGACAUGGAGCGACUAGUUGUAGUUUUAUUUGAACUUUGUUAGAAAGUCGUAGAAAAUGUUUGAAAAUAUGUCAUCAUGUCUGGUUUUACAUUUCUUUGUUCUUUGGUGCAUUAAGAUGUUACUUAAACAUGACAUAUUAGACUACAUUAUUAGACAUAAUAAUGUGAAGCAACAAAUGGAUUUAAAGGAAAAGUGUUAAUUUAUGCUAAACAUAUCAAAGCGGUGUUGUUUUACUUUUUAUUAUCAUUUUUUCCUCAUAAACACUUCCAGAGCAGUGGCAUAUACCCAAUAUAUAUCUUCCAAUUAUGAAAUAGCUCAGACAAAAGUUGUUCUCACCAUUUUGCGUAUUUCCAUUGAAUCUGUGUCCCUUCUUGAAUGCAUCUUUAAAUAGUAGAAGCUGCAUCAGAAGUAGUGCUGUGAAAACGUAAUGAGCCUUCUCACAACCUGUCUAGUAUCUUUGUUUUUGUAAUCACCGUUGAAUCCCGUUUGGCAGAUUGAUUUUCUCUCGUUUGUUAACAGGAAUCUUUUGUGUUUGUGUGAUUUGUCCUGGAAGUUCAUCAUUUAAUUUGACCACGAGUCAUCAUCUCAGCUCAGAAAUUCACAUUUCUCGAACCUAUAUUGAUUUUGUGAAAGAUUUGGUUGAACUUGUAAUUGUUUCUGCUUUUCCUCUGGACUUGAAUGCCUGUCAAUGCUUGAAUUGAUUAGUAAAUAAAUACUGC